AUGAAGGUGUCUGUUCUUUCGACUUUACUCUUCGCCGCUGGUGCGAUUGCUGGUCGCAGUCCUCAACAUGUCAACAAGAAGUUGCCUGAGCGCAUGCGUCGUGAACCUGCCGGCGACUUUCCUGCUGUAGGUCUCGACAAGAGAGCUGCUUCCAAGAAGAAGAAGCACAUCAUCCCCCAGAACAGCAACACGACAAAGUAUGCUGUUGAUGGCACCAAGAUUCCUGAUGUCAAUUUCGAUAUCGGCGAGAGCUAUGCUGGCCUCAUGCCCAUCUCCUCCCAACAGAACGCUAGUGAGCUAUACUUCUGGUUCUUUCCCUCGGCGGACACCCACGCCAGCGAUGAGAUUGUCAUCUGGCUCAAUGGUGGACCCGGUUGCAGCAGUCUUGAGGGUCUGCUACAGGAGAAUGGCCCAUUCCUUUGGCAGUACGGAACUUACGCGCCGGUGAAAAACAACUACAACUGGAACAAUCUUACGAACGUGGUUUGGGUAGAACAACCAGCCGGCACUGGCUUCAGUUCAAAGGGAAGCACGCCAGCCGCCACCAACGAAGAAGAGGUAGCAGAGCAAUUCGCUGGCUUCUGGGCCAACUUCAUGAACACCUUUGGUCUCCACAACAAGAAGGUCUACAUCACUGGCGAAUCCUACGCUGGCUUCUACGUUCCGUACAUCGCCGACAACUUCAUCCAGAAGAACAACUCGCGUCUGUAUGAUGUCCAUGGCAUUAUGAUAUACGAUCCCUCAAUCUCCUAUGAUGUGGUUCUGCAGGACAUUCCAGCCACUCCAUUUGUUGACUACUGGGGCCCUCUGUUCAACCUGAAUCAGACUUUCAUGGACGAUAUCCACAACCGCUCCGAUGCUUGCGGCUACACUACGUUCAUGGAGGAGGCUCUUACCUUCCCUCCCAAGGGUCUGUUGCCCUCUCCUCCCAACGCCGACUACAGUAUGCCUGGCUGUGAGCUCUGGAACGAUAUCUACAACGCUGUCAGUCUCGUCAACCCCUGCUUUGAUAUCUACCAGGUUGCUACCACCUGCCCUCUACUCUAUGAUGUUCUCGGCUUCCCCGGUAGUUUCGACUACCUGCCCGAAGGCGUCCAGAUUUACUUCAACCGUACCGAUGUGCAAAAGGCAAUCAACGCGCCAAUUCAAGAGUGGGAAGAGUGUACCGGCGGAAUCCUACGCCGUGACACAAGCGAGUACACCAGUCUCAGUGUCUUGCCCAAGGUCAUCGAACACACCAACAACGUCAUCAUCGGUCAGGGAAUGCUCGACUACAUCAUCUCCUACAACGGAACUCUGAUGGCCAUUAACAACAUGACCUGGAACGGUGCUCAAGGAUUCAGCAAGGGCCCUUCAGCCUAUGAGGAAUUCUUCGUCCCUUACCACUCCGAGCUUAACCUGGGAGAUCUUGCCGGCUCGGGUGUUCAGGGUGCCUGGCACACUGAGCGUGGUCUGACUUUUGCCACUGUCCAGCUUUCCGGCCACAUGAUUCCUCAGUAUGCGCCUAGCGCUGCGUACCGCAUGGUCGAGAAGCUGCUUGGAAGAACCAAGACCCUUGGUGACAAGAGCAACUUCAGCACUCAGAAGGGCAACUUUGGCAACUCCUUCAACUUCAUCACCGCCAAUGUCACCAAUUAG